AGUCAGAUAAGCCCUUCGCAAGCACAAGCUCUUUGGCACAGAAGAAUGGCUGUACGGCUCUUCGAGGAUAAAAAGCAUGCGGCUGCUUACCUGCAGUACAGAGUGGCACCCCAAGAACUGAUCAGCAGGAUGAUGAGCUACAUGGAGAAAAAGACACCAAAACAAUUCAACCUCGCAGUGGACGUCGGCUGUGGCUCGGGGCAAGGGACGACCCUUUUGGCUCCAUACUUCACUAAGGUGGUUGGAACGGACAUCAGUCCCGCCCAGCUGGAGAUGGCGCUGGCCAGUAGCAAGCCUCCAAAUGUGUCAUACAGACAGUGUCCAGCAGAGGAGCUUCCCUUUGCAUCUGGAAAGGUGGACCUUGUGACAGCAAUGACAGCGGCUCACUGGUUUGACUGCCAGCGGUUCCUCAAAGAGGCUGACCGGGUGCUGAGGCCUGGAGGCUGCUUGGCCCUCGUGAGCUACACCAUGGACAUGGAGCUGGAGUACGGGGACGUCUCCAGCGCACUGAACGACAUCUGUAAAGAGUUUUACGCUGCCCUGCUUCCUUUCCGGAACCCCUAUCUAGGAUCAAGCUCUGAGAGGAUCUACCUAAACAUGUUUGACUCCUGCUCCUACCCAGACAAAGAGUGGAAUGAGAAGCUGUUGGUAAAAAGAACCAUGCCACUGAGUGGAUAUAUUGGCAUGGUGGAGACCUUCUCCAGCUACCAGAAACUGCAACAAAAGGACCCUGCUGAGGCUGAGCGUCUCUCCAAUGACAUCAGGAACAAGUUGCUGUCCACCAUGAACGUGUCUUCCCCAGACACAGAAGUUACAGUGGUUGUGAAGUAUUUCUACUGGCUGACAUGCAAACCUUGAUCGCUCUGACUGGCUCAAUCCUGUACAGGAGCGUUUUCCCAAACCUUUUUGGCUCGUAACCCACUAAAACAAACAAAUGUCUACUACUUAUCAGCAGUUUUAAGCCUACCGGUUGUGUGUUCGGGGUUUGUGGGUUUCAUCGGAACUGUUCACGAACCCGGAGCCGCAGGUGUAUAAAAAUCUACUGCUGCUACUCCUGCUAUGUUGAAAAUCACUUGAAAUACAGAGUCGGAUCCAUAUCCUUUUAAAACAAGCAUGUG